GCCCGAUCUCGAGCGAGAGAUGCAUCCAUCCAUCCACGCGGAACGCGGCAUCGGGCGUGUGUGUUGCUUGAGGGAGCGAGCGAGCGAUCGAGCGAGCAAGCAACGAAUAAGCAAUUAAGCGCGGCAGGCGUGGGUGCUGCUGGCUGGGCGCACAUCAGCGCUUCCCCCUCGGAUGGAUGGCGAGGAGAGAGACCAGCCACCUUGAAUCACGCACACACCAUCCGUCAAGCCGUCGUCGUCGUCGUCGACGACGACGGCGAGCAGUCGCGAAAAGUCGCGCGAGGUACCCCGUGAGUCGCGAUCAACUGCGACUCUUCCAAAAAGCAGAUCUCGACUUGCUGGCCACGAUGCUGAUCCAGGCCUCAGCAUGGCACGAGUUGGCCAGAGCCCGAGUCUACGACUCGCUCGCUCGUUCGCUCGCCGGCACGAUCGGACAAUGCCAAGAGAGUGCAUAUCAGCUUAGUCCAGCAGGAGUGGUGGGCGUCUGCACCAUCCCGCCCCAUCGCUUCUCUUCACACACAUUCUCUCGACACAAGAGCGCAUCGGCCCAUGCAUGUCACGCACGUCCCCGUCCACGUCCCCGUCUCGCAAGCACCCUGUCAACGUCUCUCUCAAAAAAGAAUCCUCACACUGAGUGGUAUACAUAACUUUCGAGUGUCUUUGGCGCGUAGCUAGCGAG